AUGCUAGGUGUUGGAGGGAAACCUCAAUCAAGGUGUGAAUUGUUGAGUAUAGUGAAGGAACAUUCAAAUUUAUUAGGAAAAACCGUAGUAGAUAUUUCACAAGAUACAUUUGAUGUUGAAGUGGAUCAAAAGUUUUGGCAUGAUGUUAUGGAUUCAUAUUUCAUUGGUGGGAGGGAGUCAAAGGAACAACAAGAUGAUGAUCUUUUAUUCUUUGUUAGAGAAAUGAGCUUUCAUGGUCAUGAGAAUGGCUCCAAUGAUAAUUUUGGAAGAAAGUCUCCUUAUUUUGUACGCAGGUGGGAUACUAAGUUGGAUGAUUUAGUUGGAGGGAUCACAUCGAACAUAGAUUGGAAUCGCUCAUUAUACCUGAAUGUAAUUGCCCACACUUCAUAUAGUAUAACAGUGGCAAUUUGUAGUCAUCAGUCUAUUCAGAAUCAUCAAAGUAAUCAACAAAUACAACCAUCUCCUAUAUACAAGAUUGUGAAAAAAGUCUAUGCAUCUCCAAGCCGUGUCCAUUUUCAUUUGGACUCCCGAAAGGAAGUAGAGACAACACCAGCAUAUCCGGAUAUAUGUUUUGCAGUUGAUGACUUUGAUUCUACUUUCGAAGCCAUGGUGUUGACCGAUUCAGACCAUUGCUACUGUGUGGUUCUGAAUGCAGUUGGUGGGGCCGCAUUUCCUAGUGAAAAGCUUCUAGAAGAUAGUAGUUCGAGGGAAAAUUCUGCUCCAAAAAAGCUUACUCUAUUCUCAGGAUUUGUAAGCUAUCAAAUGGUUCGUGAAGCUUAUGAUGUUGGGAAAUCUGGAUUUGGAAGCUUUUUACCUUUUGGUCUUUCUCAUAGCAAAAAAACAGACAGGAUAUACAUGAAAGGUCCUGGAGGUCGUGGGGAAGUUGAGGUGGCAGUUUCUGGUGUUUUAGAUCAAAGUCUAGAUGAAACUGGUCUUCACUCACCUUUACAUAUAUCAAGAGGAUUUAAGAUUGGUGCAAUGUUUCGACAAGCUGCAUCUGUUGCUGAGGUGGCAGCAAAGAACGUGUUUUCAGUUAUGUCUUCAACAAGAAAUUCAGAUAGAAGGAAGCUACCACUUAAGUGUUGCCUCAUGUCCAUUUCACUACCUUGGGAACAUAUUGCUUAUGAUCUUCUUUUUAAGGGAAGUCCUCCAGUUAACUUAAAAGGAAAGGAGAAGAGGAAGACAAGUAUGUGUUAUGGUCCAGGGUUUGUGAUCAAGUUACAGGAUGAUUAACCACCAAAUCUAUUCAUCGAUGUUUAUGAGAUUUCUUCCUUGACGACCAAUUGUAUUGAUUUAGUGAGAUGGCUCAAUAGAGAGAACCCAAUGAUCUCAAAGGAACAAUAUUGACACAAAAUUCGAAAUUCCAUUCUCUUUUUUCUGUGGAUAAAAAAAUGAUGUGUGAUCCAUAACUAUUUGAAAGCAACACGAUAAAUAAUAUAUAUGUAUUAUAUAUAUGGGUAAAUGUAUUUAUUUGUACCCCAAUUACUACUUGUACCUCUCAUGUGUAAAUGAAU